CCUUCCCCCCACUCUUUCCGGCUUCUUCCAACGCGCAGGCGCAUAGAGUGCAACAACAUGGCGGCCCCCGUGGAUCUGGAAUUGAAGAAGGCCUUCACAGAGCUUCAAGCCAAAGUUAUUGACACUCAACAGAAGGUUAAGCUUGCAGACAUUCAGAUUGAACAGCUGAACAGAACGAAAAAGCAUGCACAUCUUACAGAUACAGAGAUUAUGACUUUGGUAGAUGAGACUAACAUGUAUGAAGGUGUAGGAAGAAUGUUUAUUCUUCAGUCUAAGGAAGUAAUUCAUAAUCAGCUGUUGGAGAAACAGAAAAUAGCAGAAGAAAAAAUUAAAGAACUAGAGCAGAAAAAGUCCUACCUGGAGCGCAGCGUUAAGGAAGCUGAGGAUAACAUCCGGGAGAUGCUGAUGGCACGAAGGGCACAGUGAUCCUCUAGGGGACACUCUCCCUUUAGACCCCUCUCAUCUUGGCAAGGGCAGCAGGACCUGCACGGGGUGGCAGCCUCCCUCUACUCAGAUGGACAUUUUAUCUGGUUGGGCCAGCAACCAGCCCCACAUCUUCUGUAUUGCCCUGAGCCACUUUCAGGUCCCACCCUGUAUAUUCCCCCCAGCUUUGCCUGCCCUGGAAGCUCCUCUUUCCUGUGAUGAUCCAGGAACUCCCAGGAGAGGGAGGACGGGAGCCAGGGCCUACGGAUAUGUUCUGCCUGAUCGGCCACUAGGUACAGGCCAAUAAAGGGUUUGUCUUAC